CUGUGCUCCCAGCCUUCCACAGCCUCGCAGUCCAGAAGAAACGCGAGACAAGCAAAAAUGUUAGUAAGAACGCUGCGCGCUGCGCGGCCGACCCAAUUACUUCGCUGCGCGAGCGCGGUCCCGCAAACAUCCCCCGAUGCGACGCUCAAGGAGACCCUCACAGUCCAGAUCCCGCAAAAGCAGGAGGAACUGAAGCAAUUGAAGGCGGACCACGGCUCGAAGGUCCUGGGAGAGGUCACGGUCGACCAGUGUAUUGGUGGCGGAAGAGGUGUCCGCUGCAUGCUCUGGGAGACGUCGCUCCUCGACGCCGCGGAAGGCAUCCGCUUCCGGGGCUACACGAUCCCCGAGUGCCAGGAAUUGCUCCCGACCUUCAAGGGCCCGGCCGGCGACGGCGAGCCGACGCCCGAGGCCAUCCUCUGGUUGUUACUCACGGGCGAGAUUCCGACGAAGGAACAAUGUGAUGGCCUCACCGCGGAGCUCUUCGAGCGGUCGGCGCUGCCGGCCCACGCCACCCAGCUCCUCGAUUCAUUGCCGAAGACGAUGCACCCGAUGACGCAGUUCUCGCUCGGGUUGCAGGCGUAUCGUUGCGGCGUCCUCGUUAUGAUCGUCUCCGUUCUUGAUCCUAUCGCGUCGAUGUCGCCGUCCGCGUACGCCAUCGACGCGACGUUCCUAUCGCGUCGGCGGCGUGAGGGCGAGCCCUCACGCGUACGCUACCGAUGCGAGCCCUAUCGCGUCGACGGCGGAAGAUACGCCAUCGCCACCACACCAGCGACAAAAACACCAUAACAACGCAGGUGCCAGACCGAGUCGAACUUCGCCAAGGCCUACUCGGAUGGCGUCCACAAGACGAAGUACUGGGAGUCGACGUACGAGGACGUCUUAGAUGUGAUCGCGAAGCUCGCGCCGAUCGCGGCGCGCGUCUACCGCAACACCUACUUCAACGGUGAACAGCUGAAAGGAGACACGUCGCUGGACUACUCGGCAAAUUUUUGUCGAAUGUUGGGGAUGGACUCGCCGGGCUUCGACGAGCUCAUGCGUUUGUACCUCGUCAUCCACUCAGACCACGAGGGCGGCAACGCCUCGGCCCAUGCUACCCACUUAGUCGGUUCGACGCUGUCGGACCCCUACAACGCCUACGUUGGAGGCUUAAAUGCGCUGGCGGGCCCCUUACACGGCCUCGCCAACCAGGAAGUCCUCGGCUGGAUCCAGGACCUCAAGGCCAAGUUCGACGCCGAGGGCAGAGAGGUCAACGAAAAGACCAUCACGGAGUUCGCGUGGGAAACUCUAAAUGCGGGCAAAGUGAUCCCCGGCUUCGGACAUGCGGUUUUAAGAAAGACGGACCCGCGCUACACGUGCCAGCGCGAAUUCGCCUUCAAGCACCUGCCCGACGACGAAUUGUUCAAGGUCGUCGACACGAUCUACAAGGUCAUGCCCGGCGUGCUGACGGAGCACGGCAAGACGGCGAAUCCCUACCCGAACGUCGACUCCCACUCCGGCGUCCUCCUGUGGCACUACGGCUUCACGCAGUACGAGUACUACACGGUCCUCUUCGGCGUGUCGCGGGCCAUCGGGGCUCUCAGCCAGGUCUUCUGGGACCGCGCGUUGGGGCUGCCGCUCGAGCGGCCCAAGUCGCUCACGACGGGCUUCAUCAAGGACUUCUGCGAGAAGCAGUAGGUCGUCCAUGCCUCCCCUACUGUCUAAAGUCUCCCACAUCGUA